UCUCAGUGUGCUCCGUAGAGUGUUGGUGGAACAAGGCUGUAAAACACGUUUCAAUAGACAGAGUAAGCUUGACACAAGUAUCAACUUCUCUUUAUUUUCGGUCACACACUGUCGAUGGGUAACUCGUAAAUUGGGGGUAUAGUGCCGCAUAACCCUGCCUGACGACAACAUAACCGCCCGCGUGUCACAGAGAGACCAUAAACGAGCGCCUCUCUCCAGUCCUAGCAACUUUGUUGACAGCAUCGAAGAGGAAAGAUGGCGGCGCCCUCAUCGCCUGAGAAAACCAUGGACAAACGGACAGCGAUUUUCUUAAACUCCGCGUACAUAACAAGCGGCAGCGAAUACUUCCCAGCAGAUUCGGAGAAACUACAGCAUUAUAUAGUGGAUUUUCUCGAGAAAGAGGUAGGGAACGACCUAAAGUCCUUGAGGAAUGUUGGCGACCUGCUGGAGAAGCUGACAGAGGAAAACAACGUACUGGAGAGACAGGUUCUGACUGUAUCCAGUUCUGCGCCUCCUAAAGUUUCUGCAGCUCUGUCUGCUGCUGAGGAGGCUACAUGUUCACUUGAGGCCCUGCUGCAGAAAGAGCAAUUUAUCUCUAACAUGCUUAACCAGCACCUACAGGGGGCCCAGCCUUGGAUGGAUAAUCUUGGCCAGCUGCUUAACCAAGUCGACACUAUAGAGAGACACAUGAAAUACCUACAGUGCCUGCAACAUAUAGAGGAACUCAGUGCUGCAGUCCAGCAGUGUCUUAUGACUAGCAGUGUCUGGGAGGCCAUAAGGGCAGUAGACAGUAUGGCUGCACUGGAUGCAGGACUAAGCGAGUCUGGCUGUUCUCACCUCCAGGACUUCCUCCGGGAAACACUUUUCUUCUGGCACAAGAUUAUCAAAGACCGACUGGCCAGUGAUUUUGAGAAAGUAUUGACUCAGCUUCAUUGGCCGAUCAUCUCCCCUCCUACUCAGUCACUGACACCCACUGCCAAUUAUCAGGAGAUCAGCAGCCAGCUAGAGCUGCUGGUCACACAAUUGCUUGCCCUCCAGACCUCUGAUGACCUCUUGUCCCAGAGGACUUUGGCUCCUUCUGUAUCCUCUACCCAGCCCGUUUCUUCAGCCACACCUCCAUCCCAAGCUCCUCCACUCUGUCUUCCCAUCCAGAUCAUGCUGCUGCCGCUCAUCAGGAGGUUCAGAUACCAUUUCUAUGGGAAUCGACAGACUAACUCCCUCAGCAAGCCAGAAUGGUACCUCACACAAGUUCUGAUGUGGAUGGGUAACAGUUCAACAUUCAUGGAGGAAAAGAUCCAACCUAUCCUGGAAAGAGCUGGGGCCACCAUCAGUGCCAGGGUGGAGCUGUGUCGAGGCCUGCUGUCUCUAGUCCAGGAGAAGGUGGCCAGCGAUGCUUGUAGGCUGCUGUAUGACGAUAUGCUCUUCUGUCACUUGGUGGAGGAGGUGCUGCAAUUUGAGAAGGAGCUGCGAAGCAACACUCAACCAGCAGUGCUGCCUGGUCUGCUUCAUCUCCUGCUUGAGGACACAACCCUUCAGAAGUGGCUCAUUGUGGAAAAGAAGAUGGCAGUGGAGAAAAUGGAUGCCAUGCUGUCAGCUGAGGGAGCCUGGAGCUCUCAGUACAAAGACAUCAGUGAUAUGGAUGAGCUGAAGGCUCCAGAUUGUGCUGAGACUUUCAUGACUCUGCUACAGGUCAUCACUGAGCGUUACCGGGCCUUACCCUGUCAUUCUGCACAACUGAAGUUUCUGGGGCUCCAGAGAGAACUGGUGGACGACUUCCGCAUUCGACUCACCCAGGUGAUGAAAGAGGAGUCUCGCUGCCCACUGGGAGUCCGUUAUUGUGCCAUCCUUAAUGCUGUGAACUAUAUUUGCACCAUCCUGGGAGACUGGGGAGACAAUGUGUUUUUCCUACAGCUACAACAAGCAGCUGUUUCACUUGGUGAGGAAGCAGUAUUGGGUGGCCUCGGGGUGAUGGAGGUGGGUCGCCUGGCUUCUCUGGAGGGCUCUCUAUUUGAAGGUCUGUUGGCAUUGCUGGAUCGACUUAAAGGAGACAUGAUGGGAAGACUGCUAGAAUGGACCAUGAGAGAAAUCACAGAAAAAGCUAAACCAUACUGCCAAGACAGGUGGUUGUCUCUACCAUCCCAGCAUGACCAGUCCACCAUGUCCUUGUCCAGUUCAGCUUGUCCCAUGAUGCUAUGUGUGAGGGACAGAUUGUUGAACCUUCAUCAGGUCCUGAGUCUUUCUUUGUUCCAACUGGCCUGGCAGGGUCUGGCUGAGAGACUUGACAACUUUCUGUACCAGGAUGUCAUCCUGUCUAAUCAUUUCAGUGAUGGUGGGGCAGCUCAGCUUCAGUUUGACAUGACCAGAAACCUAUUUCCUCUGUUUGGUCACUACUGCAAAAGACCUGAGAACUUCUUUAAGCAUGUUAAGGAGGCGUGUAUCAUCUUGUGUCUUAAUGUGGGCUCUGCUAUUCUUCUAAGGAAUCUCCUUAAAGAGACAGAAGAAGACACAAGAGAUUGGGCAGGUGCAGGAGAUCCUCCACCAGAGUCUGCAUUGCAUGAGUUGGGAGUUUACUGCUUGGCAUCUUGUGAUGUCUUGAUUCUCCUCAACCUCAGAGCCUCCUGGCCUGGACAAUAACAAUUCUCCCUGACAAUGUUUGUUGGUGACAAGUUUGCAUUAGUGCUUGGCAUUUUAUUUUUCUUCUUUUUUUUUGUCAUGAGCUUUAAUCUUCUUUGUAAACAAGACAGAUGAUAUUUGUUAAGAGGACUAUUCACAUAGUGUUUUUUUUUUCAGGUUGAUACUAUUGAAUUGUCAUUGUAUAAUGUAUAUUGUUGCUUCAGUUAACUGAACUAAUCGCAACAUACUACAGCCAAGUAUACAUAACAAUUUUCGGGUGAAUUAUGAAAUAAACAAUGCUUACCUGCAAUGCUCAGGACUUGAAGCCUUCAGUUGCCUCAUAACUACUAGCUAAUGUGUUUUUUUGUUUGUGUCUCUGUGUGUGAUAAUGUUUUUUUUGUUUGUUUGUUUUUGUGAAGCUGACAUUUCUAUAUUUGAGCUGGACAAAGCUGUAGACAGCUUAUCUUUUAAUAAAUCCCCUGGCUGUGAUAGACUUACA